AUGAGUGGUAACAGGGAAUCGACGUCGAAUAGCAUCAAGUUUGCGCCAAUGCCGAUGUCGGCAUUGAUGGCCAACUUGAUGCCUCUACAGAAUUCAGCAGACAGCCGCGAUACAAGCUUUUCCUCCGCUGACGAAAGUGAUAACUCAUUCGGUGAAACAGUGCCCAAAAGGCCAUCACCUAAGACGAAAAUAAACAAAGAGUUUUUCACUCCAACAGUUAAAUCCCUACCCAAAGACAUUAAGGCAUUUGCUUCGGAGAAAAAAUUUGCCCAUAAUGACCAGGACAAAGAGAAUUCUAGUGAUAACUGGCUGGUAAAUCAGACAUAUCCCGCGAAAGAUAAAAUCAUACAAAGUGUCAAUAAAAAUAUAGAUUCUAAUGUUUACCCAACUUCAGAACAUAAGAAACGCAAUGUACUUAUGCCACAAAAUAAUAUUAAUAUGAAAUCACAAAAUUCAUCUACAAAAAAAACUCCAGAGGCUGUCAAACUACCAGGUAGUGCCCAAAAAUUGAAGUCGGCCACUCCUAAGAUAAAAUCAGGUAUUAGAAGGUUUACACCAAGCUCAGUAAAGCAAAGUCAUAAGAAAACCCCUCAGAAGGCCAUAUUACAGAACAGGGAUAGGGUACGUUGUGAGCUAUUUACACAAAGUCAACAAAAGGAUAAGCCUCCUGCGCCUCCAGCUCCACGGCCCGAACCAAUGGUACAAGUUCCUGUACCUGAAACACCAUUGAACAAGAAGCCAAUGCCUGCAUCGUACGCAGCCACACCCUCAUAUCCGCAGGGACCUAUCAGUAACAACAAUUCAAAAGUUCUAUUUAAAACAACCAGCAUAAAGGAUAAGAAAUAUAUGUUUAUAAAAAAGUUAGGUGUGGGAGGGUCCAGUGAAGUGUAUAAGGUAUUAGAAGUAGGUACAUCAUGCGAAUACGCUGUGAAGUGCGUUUAUCUGGCCACCGAUCAGGACUUGGCGCAGGGCUACAUCAACGAGGUGCGGCUACUGCGUGAAUUGCAGAACUCGGACCGUGUUAUUCGGCUCUUUGAUUAUGAGUACGACCGCACGAACCAGUUCCUCCGCAUGGUGUUGGAAGUGGGAGAGACAGAUCUGUCGUCGUUCCUGAAGGCGCGAGGUGCCGGCCUACCUCCAGCGCUCGUACUGCAUUACUGGGAGGAGAUGUUGCACGCGGUCAACUAUAUACAUGAAAAUGGUGUAAUCCACGCGGACUUGAAACCGGCAAAUUUCCUCUUGGUGUGCGGUCGGCUGAAGUUGAUAGACUUCGGCAUCGCGUCGGCGAUCAGCAGCGACGCGACGUCAGUGGUGCGGGCGCAGGCCACCGGCACCUACUCGUACAUCAGCCCCGAGGCGCUCAUGGGCGGCGCGGGCGGCUAUGGCGUCGCUGGCAGCGAUGGAAGUGCACCUAUUAAGAUUUCAUUUCGUUCGGACGUGUGGUCUUUGGGCUGUAUCCUGUACAGCAUGGUAUACGGACGCACGCCCUUCGGUCACAUUCCAAACCUCGCCAAGCUGGCCGCCAUACUCGACCCCAAUCAUCACAUCGAUUACCCGCCCGUUGAGCACCUCCCGGCCUCGCUGCUGGCGGCGCUGAAGUGGUGCCUGACGUACAACGCGCGAGCUCGGCCCGCGGUCCGCGAGCUGCUCGCCAUCCCCUACCUGCAGCCGCCGCGUGCUGCGCUGCCGCAAGCGCUGCUCGACAAGCUGCAGCCGCUCGUCUCGCAGCAGGAGUUCCGCUUGCUACAGAGAGCGCAAAUCUAA